AUGGAGGCUAAACACCAGAGGGGGGUGUCCCAACGCCCACACAUCAAACCUAUGGGAAACCCCCGUGAGGAAACUGAGAAAGGGGUUACAUUUCUCAAAUCAUUUUCUCAUCUCAUAGCCGGCGCCACGGCUGGGAUGGUUACUGCUGUCCUGACGUCUCCUCUUGACGUCCUCAAGACUCGCUUGCAGUCUGAUUUCUAUCAGUCGCAGCUUAAAAAGGCAAACCCAAACCUGCCAUUGUACAAAUCGUCUCUUCUACAUUUUCGCGAGACCUUUGGCAUUUUAUUUUCCAUCCAUCGCCUCGAGGGCUGGCGCGGUCUGUUCAAGGGCCUGGGCCCUAGUCUGACCGGGGUAGUUCCUGCAACGGCCAUCAAGUUUUAUGCGUAUGGGAACUGCAAGACUCUCUACCCACAGAUAUUGGGCUGCGAGGAAAACACAACACUAGUACAUGCCCUCUCUGCGGCUACCGCGGGCGCUGUCACCGGCACUGCAACGAAUCCCAUCUGGCUCGUCAAGACGCGAUUGCAGCUUGACAAAUCGCGGGUGCGUGAGAGCGGAUCUUCGGGCGUCCCGCAGUAUAAGAAUAGUCUUGACUGUGUCAAGCAAGUGAUACGACAAGAAGGGGUUAAGGGACUGUAUCGUGGCCUGGCAGCGAGCUAUCUCGGUGUCAUCGAAACGACUCUGCAUCUAGCUAUGUACGAACGAAUGAAGAGCUUUCUUGCUAGGCAGAAUGCCAGCCAGGAUGGGACACCGUCAAGCCAGGCAACUCAAGGAAUCGCUCUCAGCAGUGCUGCUGGAUUUUCGAAACUGCUAGCGGUGUUGAUCGCAUAUCCACACGAGGUUGUGAGAACAAGACUCCGACAAGCACCAAUGGCAAACGGGCGCUUGAAAUAUACCGGUGUAGUGCAAUGUCUACGGUUAGUGUGGAGAGAAGAAGGCAUGGUGGCCAUCUAUGGAGGCCUUACUGCGCAUGUCCUCCGCACUGUGCCGGCCGCGAUGAUCACGCUUGGAACGUAUGAGCUGGUUCUCAAACUGUUGAGUUGA